CACGUCAGACCAAAAAUGUGUCAAAGUAUGGAUAAUGGGCUUAUAUCUAACCCAACAUAGAAAAGCCCCCUGGGCCAUAAUAACAAGACACCGCAACUUUCCAAUCCAUGAGCGGCCUCAUCCCAUAUAUAAAUCCCCCGCUCAAUUAAAACACAGAAGCCCUAACUCAAAGCAGCCGCCUCCUUCCUCAUUUCCUAGGGUUAGGGUUUCGGCAUUAGAUUACGGGGUAGAAAUGGCGGUUCCACUCCUCACCAAGAAAAUCAUCAAGAAGCGGGUCAAGCAGUUCAAGAGGCCGCAGAGCGACCGCAAGAUCUGCGUCAAGCCAAGCUGGCGUAGGCCUAAGGGUAUUGAUUCCCGUGUGAGGAGAAAGUUCAAGGGUGUCACUUUGAUGCCCAACAUCGGUUAUGGUUCUGACAAGAAAACCCGUCACUAUCUGCCAAAUGGAUUCAAGAAGUUCCUUGUCCACAAUGUCUCUGAAUUGGAGUUGCUUAUGAUGCAUAACAGGACUUACUGUGCUGAGAUUGCACACAAUGUCUCUACAAGGAAGAGGAAGGAGAUAGUGGAGAGGGCUGCUCAACUCGAUAUUGUUGUCACCAACAAGCUUGCCAGGCUCAGGAGCCAGGAAGAUGAGUGAUGAGCAGAUUUACUGCUUGACAUUAGUAAAGUGUUAUUCGAGUUUUGGAAAACCUAUAAACUUCCAUCCUGUAGGAUGUUGUCUCUCUUUGAUUAGGAGAUUUUGUUUCGUUACCGAGUGGUCUUGUUACGUAGGAAUGUUGUGGCCGUAUUAUUUGAAGUCUUUCUUUAAGCAUCGUGCUUCUGUGAACUGGAGUUUUUCUACCCUCCCUCUCUCUCUAUAUAUUUGUAUGUGUUGCAAGUUUGUCA